AUGGAUGAAUCAAGGAAAGAGAGAGACAUGUUACGAAAAGGAGGAGAACAUAUAACGCUUAAGUCUCUGCUAAGUGACGAUGAGGAUAAAGACUCCAGGGAAGAUGUUAAAAAGCGUAGCUCUUCACUAAAAGAGAGUGUCGACAGAAGCGGGGAAAGUGACGCAGACAAGGAAAAAAGUGAUAAAAGUAGGCGAGAAAAAAGAGAAGAUAAAUCAUUGGCUCCUUCGGACAAGAAAAGAGAUCAACUCUUUGGGGACGCCGAUGAAAAGGAUACUGGAAAAGGCCUCAAACGAACACUCACGUUGACCAACUGCGUUACGAUGAUCGUUGGUUGCAUUAUCGGAUCGGGAAUAUUUGUCAGCCCAACAGGAAUCCAAGAAGCUGCUGGUUCUGUCGGUGCUUCGUUGGCUAUGUGGAUUUUAUGUGGAAUAUGGUGUGGAAUGGGUGCUUAUAUUUAUGCUGAACUUGGAACUAUGAUUACAAAGUCUGGCGGCGAUUAUGCAUAUAUGAUGGCAGCAUUCGGUCCAUUCUUAGCUUUUUUGAGGCUUUGGAUCGAGAGUAUAGUAGUGAGGCCGUGCGCUAUCACUAUAGUUGCUUUAACAUUUGCUCUCUACCUCUUACGUCCUAUUUACCCUACAUGUAAUCCACCGGAAUAUAGUACGGAAAUUAUUGCAGGGUUGCUGAUAGUUAUCUUGGGUGCUAUCAAUUGCUGGUCUGUAAAAGUUGCAACCUUGGUACAGGACUGGACUACAUAUGCCAAAGUAGUUGCUCUCAUAAUGGUUAUCGUCACUGGAGCCUAUUACGCAAUCUUUGGUGGACCAAAAUACAGAGAAUCGUUCGAACAUAUUUUUGAAGGAAAUUUUCGGAAUCUAUAUCAAGCAUCGGUUGGAUUCUAUUCGGGAUUGUUUGCCUAUCAAGGAUGGACCUACCUGAACUUCAUUACCGAAGAACUUAUUAAUCCUAAGAAAAAUUUGCCACUUGCGGUUAUGUAUUCAUGUAUUCUUGUUACUGUAAUCUAUACACUGUUCAACGUCGCUUUAUAUGUGGUAGUGUCACCUGAUGAAAUGCUUAUCAGCCCUGCUGUUGCUGUGUUAUUCGCUGAAAGAGUGUACGGUAGACUUGCAUUUAUAAUUCCGUUAUGUGUGGCAGUCUCAACCAUUGGCUCAGCAAAUGGUACCCUUAUGACAGGCUCAAGACUAUUCUACUGCGGUGCUCGCGAAGGUCAGAUGCCGGUGUUGCUGACCAUGAUAAACAAGAGACUACGAACACCCAUACCUGCAGUGGUUUUCACGUGUGUUGUAUCUAUCGGUUAUCUUUUUAUGUCCAGCAAUCUUUACGUACUUAUUAAUGCUAGCCAAAUAACAGCCUGGCUAGCAAUCACUACGGUGGCAAUAGCGAUGCUAAGACUUCGGUGCAAAUAUCCUGACGCACCAAGACCGGUUAAGGUAAAUCUGAUUAUCCCAAUUGUAUUUGUGAUGGGUUCAUCUUGCAUCGUUAUUCUCCCCAUAUUCGGCUCACCUAUGGACACAGCUAUUGGACUUGCUAUUCUCUUCUCGGCUGUCCCUAUUUAUGUUAUAUUUAUUGGGAUUGGUAAGCUGCCUCGUGUUAUCAGGAAGGCGAUGUUUGAAUUCACUGCGUUCUGGCAAAAGUUUUUUGUUGUGGUGGACGAUAAUGAGUACCACAAAUGA